UACAUCUAUGUUGUUGUUAUGUUGUUUUAUUCAUAAACUUAACAAUUUGAUUUUGACAGUAGCAGGUGCAAUUUGUCAACGCUCUCGCAAAGUGAAAAGUUUGUAAAAAUGUCACAACAGGGUGACAAUGCUAGCAAAACUAGCAAGAAAAACACUAGCCACGGCCAAGAAGACAUAAACGCGAUUAUAAAUUUGGACGAAGAUGAGGACGAGGAAGUGCAAUUUGUUGGAGUUGUGCGUCCUCCGUCAGUCAUAGACCUAAUUGAUCUCAGCGUCUCACCAUCCACAUCGCAGGCAGCAGCGGCUGCCGCAGCAGGUGGUGCAGGUGAUUCAUUGAAAACGCCAGACUCGGAAACAGAUGCAAGUGAAUCCAGCAGCGGGGUUACUGCUUUAAACCCGCAAGUCAUUGUCGUCGAUCCGACCGCCGUCGCUCCAGCCGAAGCUGCAGCCGCCGUCCCCACCGCAGCUGCCACCGCCGCCAGCGCAUCCGCAGGCGCUGCCCCAGUCGCGCCCGCUCUGGAGUGUCCCAUUUGUCUACAGACCUGCAUACACCCCGCACGUCUGCCCUGCGGUCACAUCUUUUGCUUCUUAUGCGUUAAGGGUGUUGCCUAUAAAAAUCGACGCUGUGCCAUGUGUCGGCGCGAGAUACCCGCCGAGUUCCUGGAUCAUCCCCAGCUGGUAAACGGCAUUGACGACAUUUGCACCACGCGUGCCACCGAGGACGGCUAUCAGUGGUACUACGAGGGACGCAAUGGUUGGUGGCAAUAUGACGAUCGCACCAGCCAGGACCUUGAGGAAGCCUUCAAGAAAGGCGAACACUCUUGCACCAUACUCGUCGCCGGCUAUGUGUACAUUGUGGAUCUGGAGCUGCUCAUACAGCAGCGUCAGAACGAGCCGGCGCGCUGUCGUCGCGUCAAGCGUGAUCUGGCCACCAUAGCCAAGAAAGGCGUAGCUGGCCUACGCAUCGAGGGCAACCAGGUGACCUGCGACACCGACUUCAACCGCCCGCCGCAAAAUAAUACGGCCACCGUUCAGCGGCUGAUAAACACAUUUGCAGCGCGGGAUGCAGCUUUACGCAUUGCCAGCGACAUCAUUAGCUCCACCAUUGCGCAGGCGGAUGAGCUCUCGCUGGGCUUGGCGGCCAGCAACAUUAGCGACAGUGCCAACGACUUGAGCAACGGUGAGCAAAGCCAAACGAAUCCCCUACAGUCAACACGUCAACAGACCACGGGUCACGGCUUGGGUCACUCUACGUCGCGUUCGCUUGCCUCCUCGCACUCGAGCUCCAUACAAGAUCUCAUGCUCAUUGCUACGACUGAUCUGCUGGACAGUACUGAGGAGAUUAUUGAGAAUAAUCAGCACACCUUGGAUCUCUUUGAGCAGGCCAUAAACGACUUUCAGGCGCUCACAGCCUCACAACGACGACGCUUUGCUGACUCGAGUGACGAGGAAGAUCCGCCUCCUGGUAAUGCACGCAGAGGCAGGCAAGGCGGGCUGGAGGCAAGCGAACCCGAUAAUGAGCGACUGGGCUUUUAAGUCAUCUAAUCAUGCACACGCACACACACACACACACAGACAUAUAUAACUCGAUGUAUAACUCGAAAUGCGAUUGAAGUUCCUUAAGAAAUGUCAACUAGAGAAAAUGCCGCGUGUACCUGAGUAAACCUAUAUAAAUCGCUAUAUAGAGCUCAAUGCGUGAGCAGAGAAGCGUGUAACAGGGUAACAAACAAAACACACAAACACAUAUAAACAUAUAUACAUAUUAUAAUGAAACUGUACAUACCAGGAUGGGCAGAAAAGUUGUGAUUUGCAAACAGAAAUAUGCAAGGCUCUUAAAGAAUUUAAGGUUUGACCAAGUCGAGUGAUCACUAUGCAUAUUAUAAACAAAUAACUAAUCAACAGUUAAUGUUAAACUUACAGUAGAUAUGUAUUUAAUAUCAACUAUGCGCAUUCGAAUCAAACAUAAGCCCCCCGACGCCGAGCCAACCAAGCUAUAGAUCAACUGAGAAAAAAGAAAAACAAAAGCACAACAGUGUGAAAUCGACAAUACAUACAAACAUAUAUAACAUAUAUCUUAUUUCGAAGAUUUGAUUAUUUUUAUUAAACUUAUCGAGUUUAUGCAAAGUGCAAUUGUUUGAACUUUGACUUCACCGAACUAUGCAGCACACUCUGUAUUUGUUAUAAUUAAUUAUAAGUCCGCCUUUAAAUGCGUUAAAGAGCAAAAACAUAAAGAAAUUCUGUGAACAUUUUUGUAUACUCUAAGUUAAGGCCUAAGACAAUUGAGCAUCUAUAUAAUUUAUUUAAAUUCAUGUGAAACAGAACUCAAUUGUUUAGUGCACAAUCCACACACACUAUUUACAUUUAUAUAUGUAUUAAUAAUGUAUAUUCUGUGACUACUAUUUUAUAGAUUCGCUUUGUAGCCCGUCAUUACUUCUAACUGUGAAAUGCCUAUUCAUAGCUACCCUUGUAUCAACGAUAUUCCUAACGCUCUACUGACUGC